UCCUGAAAGGAUUCAUAAAAACAUGGCAAUGCAAUUUACUCGCUCCUUGCUUUUUUCUUGUAUAACUCUCAAAAUACAACACAUUUACAAAGAAGUUUAAAGAAAAAAUCCCCCCUCCCCUUUUUUCGACAAAAUCGACUAGUCCGUCCCUGAAUCAUACAAUUGUUUUUUUUAUUCCAUCAUUCAAUUUUUUUUCGGUUUGAUUUCUCAUUUUAACUAGAGACACUAUUAUGAAGGAGAUGGGAAAGUUUGGCUUGAAAGUUUUUCUUAUCAUUUUAUUCCUCGUGUCGAUCUCUAAACUUCUCGAUUUGACCGGUAAAACGGAUAGUGUAUCCCAAUUUCAAGACCAGCUCUCUAGAACUCGAAUGUUGUUGAAUUUUCAUUCAGAAAUAGAAACAAAAGAGGAAAAACCGAUUUGCGGUGAUUGGAAGGAAUCGAAAAAUAUUUGGAUUUUGGAAACAAAAUAUCCCUGGGCGCGAAGCCGGAACUUGUGCACAGUAGAAAGCGUUGCAAGGCAGAUGCCAGAAUACUGCGUUCGGUUGCUGACGCUGUUCUAUGUGCCAACCGACCCUAAAAACUUCUUUGGGAGAUAUCUAGAAAAUGAGUUCGAAAAUGUUCGUCUGGCUCGGCUACAAGCAAAUAUGAUUCUGGAAUCAACCCCUUUCGAGAACUUCUUGAACGAAACAUUUGAUGAAAACCAACAGCCGAGGCACCAGCAUAGCGUUGUUCAUCUAAGCGAUGCUCUUCGAAUAACCCUUGUGUACAAGUAUGGAGGAAUCUACAUCGACAGUGACAUCUGGGCCAAAAAACGAAUAGAUCUGGCUCCGAACUACCUAGCCAGAGCAAGUGGAGCAGGAAUGCUUAGCAACGCUGUCAUAAAAACGGAGAAAGCAGGAUCUCCAAUAUUGAAGUCAAUAAUAGAAGAAGGUCGUAAAGGCUAUCAGAUAAACAACUACGCUGUUUUGAUGCAAAUACUCAGUAUGCGCAUGACAGAGUACUUCAAAAGCAAGAACCACAGCAUGCCAGAAAUGUCCGAUAUAGCUGGGAGAAUUGAUGAUAUCGGCGAAUGGAAAAUUUUUGGUCACGAAACCGGCGCUCUUUGCAGAGAUUAUGGCAAAAACCAACUUGAAACUCCAGAGCAGGCCAAGAAAAAGUUUGAAACAUUUAUGGCUGAAAAUUGUUCCAUGUUUCACUACAUGCAAUCAUAUUUUGGACAGACACAAACUUACAGUACGAUUGAUAAGUCCAACUUAGCAGUUCGGGUGAUGGCUCAAACUUGUCCAUUCGUACUGUCGCACGUUGAGACUAUUUGA